GGGCGUCGCCUCGUGCGCCUGCGCGCGCGACCGUUGGGGCCGAAGGCGCGGGAGAGGAGAGGCGGCGCGCGGACAGAGUAGAGUCAUCAGUAGAUGCUGGCUUUUGUAUGACCGACUCAAGGACAUUCAAUUUUUUUCAUAUCCUGAUGAGAACCAAGUGUCCCAGUGAAAAUGCCUCGGGUAAAGCCACAAGCUGGACGAAGAGGUCCCGCAAAGAGAAAACUAGCAGAAAACUUUGCGGCUGGGGAAAUAUUAACUGAUAUGACAAGAAAGGAGUGGAAAGUAGGAAUUCCCAUUGGCCAAGGAGGCUUUGGAUGCAUAUAUCUUGCCGAUGGUAAUUCUUCCAAAUCAGUUGGCAGUGAUGCACCCUGUGUUGUAAAAGUGGAGCCCAGUGACAAUGGACCUCUGUUUACAGAAUUAAAGUUCUACCAGCGAGCUGCUAAACCAGAGCUAAUUCAGAAGUGGACUCGUUCCCAUAAAUUGAAGUAUCUGGGGGUUCCUAAGUAUUGGGGAUCUGGACUACAUGACAAAAAUGGAAAUAGCUAUAGGUUUAUGGUCAUGGACCGCUUUGGAAGUGAUCUUCAGAAAGUGUACGAAGCUAAUGCAAAGAAGUUUUCCCGAAAAACAGUUUUGCAGUUGAGCUUAAGAAUACUGGACAUACUGGAAUAUAUCCAUGAACAUGAAUACGUGCAUGGAGAUAUCAAGGCCUCAAAUCUUCUCCUGAGCCACAAGAAUCCUGAUCAGGUGUAUUUAGUAGACUAUGGCCUUGCUUAUCGCUAUUGUCCAGAAGGAAUUCACAAAGAAUACAAAGAAGACCCCAAAAGGUGUCAUGACGGAACUCUCGAAUAUACUAGUAUUGAUGCACACAAGGGAGUGGCACCAUCGAGGCGGGGUGAUUUGGAGAUACUUGGUUAUUGCAUGAUCCAGUGGCUCAGUGGUCACCUUCCAUGGGAAGACAACUUGAAGGAUCCCAACUACGUCAGAGAUUCGAAAAUUAGCUACAGAGAAAACAUUGCGAGUUUGAUGGACAAGUGCUUUCCAGGGAAAAAUAAGCCAGAUGAAAUUGCCAAGUACUUGGAAACUGUGAAGUUAUUGGGUUACACUGAAAAACCCCUCUAUCAGAGGUUACGUGACAUUCUUUUACAAGGACUCAGGACCAUUGGUAGUAAAGAUGAUGGCAACUUGGACUUUGGUAUAGCGGAAAAUGGAGACACGAGAGCUAAACCAGGGCCAAAGAUGGAGAAAGUGAUAAAUAGAAGUUACUUCCUUUAGUACCACCUAGCAAGUCAGCAGCAUAGUCAAGAUUGAGAGAUCAAAUGUCCUACUUUCUGGUGAUCGGUUGAGUGCCCUCUGGAAUGCAAGGACUUAGACUCAUUAUUACGGUGUCACAAGCUGUUUGUCUACUGUUGCAACUCUUCGUAUUUCUUGCGGCCCUCAGGCGUCUUGAUUUUCCUCUCCUGUUUGCUCCUCGAUUUCUGCCGUUACUUCUUCUGCUGUGGGAGGCUUAAAACAUGUUUGUUUUGCAUAUGGUGGCUUGUGUCCUUUGAAGGAGUGUCAUUCACUGUAUGAGUUUAAGAAGUAAAGGAGUUAAACUUUGAAAAGAGAAACGAGGACACGUGAGCAGUUAUACGAAGAACCACUUUGAGCUUUUUGGAGGGGAAUAAAAGAUUGCCCUUG